AUGACAUUUAAAUUGGAAGAAUUACCAAGUGAGCUUCUAUGGGUCAUUUUGGAAUAUAUUCCACCAAUGGAUUUAUUUCGUACAUUUUUUAAUCUCAAUCAACGUUUUAAUAAGAUUCUUCGUUUACUACAUUAUCGAUUUAAUCUUUCGUGUAUCAAUCGAAAUCAAUUUAAUUAUUUUCUUAAUACUAUUCUUCCAAGUAUUGAACACAACUGGAUAGAAUCAUUGUAUAUUGAUGAUAUUAGUGAUCGGAUCUAUUCGAUUAGUACAUUUAAAAGUUUACAAUCGUUAACAAUUCAUCAUUUACGUACAGAAAAUAUCGUUUCAUUAGCCAACGAUAUUUUAGUGGAAUUAAAAAAAUUAAAUUCUUUACGAUUAUAUUCAGAAUUUGAAUUACAAGAACGAGAUAUUAAUUCAUUGAUGAUUGUUAUUUUUAGUCAACGAAUGCCUUCGUUAGAAUAUUGUUAUUUAGGCUUUCAAGAUCAUGGCUACGUGGGUUUCGAUGGCUUAGAUUCAAUAAAUCAAACAUUAUCUUUAAAAAAAUUAAUUAUUGAUCGAUGGUGUCGAAUAAGAGAUUUUAUUCGAUUGCUUCAUUUCAUACCGAAUAUUACACAUUUAACAAUUCGUCUAUUUGAUUUAAAUGUUAAAGGACCGUUUGUUCAAUCUCUUAAUACGAUUAAUGAUUUUACAACACUUGUACCUAAUUUAAUUUAUCUUCGAGCUAAACUUGCUGAAAUUCCGUUUGAAAUCGCUACGAAAUUAUUAUUUCUCCGUUUGCCAUCUAAUCUCCGAGAAUUAUCACUUUCAACAUGGUCUAUUGGCUAUGGAAAUGGCGAUUCUUGGAAAAGUCUUCUUUCAUCGAAGUUUCCAUAUUUAAAACAUUUUCGUUUGAUUAUUUCUCUGGAUCGUAUCCCUCAGAAUUAUCUAGUCGCAAGCAUCGCUGACCUUGAUAAUAUUGCUAAAUCAUUUAAUCAAUCGAAAUAUUUUCUUGAUCAUCAUUGGAAUGUUCUCAUUAACGUCAAUGAUCACGAUCGUCUUAAAUUCGUUUUGCACACAGUACAAUAUCCAAUAGAAAACUUUCAAACAACACUUUACGAUACUCGCCAUUGCACAAUGUCACUAUCAAUGAUGAAAUCAGCUUAUCAUCAUGUUAGCAAAUUAAGUUUGACAUUAUUUGAUGAACGAAUUUCAUCAUCAGCCAAUCUGACUGAACAUCGUUAUUUCCCUAAUCUUAACCAAUUAACUUUUCUUUCCAAUAUAAGAAAUGAAUAUCCUGAAUAUUCACCAGACGAAUAUUUUAAUGAUUUAAAAAGCAUGAUUAAUCUAUCGACUAUAACAUGCAUAAAUUUUGCUGAAGAAAAUCAUCAUUAUCCAAAUAAAUUAGUCAAUUUAUUGUUAAAAAGUCUACCUAAACUUCAUACAUUAAUUAUACCCUACCGAUUAUAUACAUGUCUAGAAACACAAUCGAUAUGUAAUUUGAAAAUGUUAACAUUAAUCUUCGCUGCUUAUUCAUCAAUAUCACCGCCGGCAACAAGAAUGAGAGAUAUAUUAACAAGACAUCAAAUAUUAACAAAUGAUUUGAUAUUAGAACUUCUUCAAACAUUAUUUUCGUCUUUUCCUGAUAUACAAACAUUGACAUUGACUGUAAGAGGUUUAGACGGCUUUGAUAGUCAGUUUUCUGAAUGGCUUAAAGCUAACUUGUCAAUGGAACGAAAUAUUGCAUAUGAUUUAUUGCUACCAGAUAAAAUCCUUCAAUUUUAUUUUUAG